CCGCGUGCGGGGCGGCCUCGACCGGGGCGGCCUCGCCAUGGAGCCUCCGCCGCCCUUCCGCCUCCCCCGCCGCCCCUCCGCCGCCCCCCCCGGCCGAAUGAGGGGGACCCCGGCCCUCGUCCCGCCCUGGCCUCGGGCACAGCCGGGCCUCGGCAGCCCGCAAGGCCCCCGGAGCCUCCCCGGCGAGCCUCCCGUUACGCCGGCCUCCGCGGUGCCGGAGCCCUCUCCCUCGCCGGACUCGCUCUCUUCGCUUUUUUGGAGCCUGGGUUUCAGCACGCAGCCCUGCCCCUCGCUGGAACCGGGGGACUGGCCCCUCGGCCGCGGUGCUGCCAGCACGGUGAGGGCUGCGGAGGACGCCCCGGUGCUGCCCGGUCCUGUGGUGGGUGCCGGUGAGGGGGAGCCGGCGUUGCCCACGCGUGGCCGGAUCCUUUACCGAGGCAGAGGGGAUGCGCCGCCCGCCGCCCCCCCCGGCAGAGCCUCCGUGCUGCCCCUCGCCAAGCCCGGCCUGCGCCCACCCGGCCCCUCGUCCUCCCCGGAGCCCCCCCCGGCCACCAGCAGACAAGCACCGGGAGCGAAGCCGGCGGCGAGGGGAGCGGCGGUGCCCGUGGGACUGAACUCGGUGCGGAUCCACUGCCAGAACGAGGCCGUGUACCAGUACCACGUUACCUUCAGCCCCGAGGUGGAGUGCAGGAGCACGCGCUUCGCCAUGCUGAAGGAGCAGCGCUCGGUGACCGGAGACGUGACUGCCUUCGAUGGCUCCAUCCUCUACCUGCCCAUCCUGCUGCCCCAGUCGGUCAGCCUGAAGGCUCAGAGGAGGGCGGACGGGGAGGAGGUCAGCAUCACCAUCCAGAUCACCAAGGUCCUGGAGCCCAGCUCCGACCUCUGCAUCCCCUUCUACAACGUGGUGUUCCGCAGGGUGAUGAGGAUCUUGGACAUGAAGCUGAUCGGGAGAAACUUCUUUGACCCUUCUCAGGCCAGCAUGUUGCAGCAUUACAGGCUGCAGGUCUGGCCGGGGUACUCCGUCAGCAUCCGCAGGAGGGACGGCGGGCUCUUCCUCCAGGUGGACACUGUCCACAAGGUGAUCCGGAGCGACUCCGUCCUGGCUUCCAUGCACGCCAUCUACAAGCAGAACGCCGCCGGCUUCCAGGACGAGUGCACCAAGCAGCUGGUGGGCAGCGUGGUCAUCACCCGCUACAACAACCGCACCUACCGCAUCGACGACAUCGACUGGGACAAGACCCCCAGGGACAGCUUCACCUUGGCCAGCGGCGAGGAGAUCACCUUCGUGGACUACUACAGCAAAACGUACGGGAUCACAGUGAGGGAGCUGGACCAGCCGCUGCUCAUUCACAGGCCCAAGGAGAAGAGGAUGCCGGGGAGGAAGCCCCAGGUGGAGAUGAUCCUGCUGGUGCCGGAGCUCACCUUCCUGACCGGCGUCACGGAGAUCAAGAAGGACAGCCGGAUGCUGAAGGACGUGAUGCGCGAGAUGCUGCAGAGCCCCCAGCAGCACUACGAGUGCCUCUGCAGCCUCCUGCGCAGGAUCCGGGAGAGCCAGGAGGCCUCGCACGAGCUCAUGCGCUGGGGCCUGGUCCUGGGCCAGGACAUCCACAGGACCCAGGGACGGAUCCUGCCCACGGAGAGGAUCAACCUGCGGCACAGCUCCUUUUUCCCCGCCGAGGACCUGAACUGGAGCAAGGAGGUGUCGCGGGAGGCCUCCAUCUCCACGAUCUCCAUGAACUACUGGCUGCUCGUCUACCCGCGGCGCCUGCAGGACCUCAUGAAGGACCUGGUGGCCGCCAUGAAGAGCGUGUGCGGCCCCAUCGGCAUGCACGUCAACGCCCCCGCCCUGGUGGAGCUGAAGGACGACCGCAUCGAGACCUACGUCAAGACGAUCCGCAGCGUUUUGGGCAGCGAGGACAAGGUGCAGCUGCUGCUCUGCGUCACCACCAAGAGCAAGGAGGAUUUGUACAGCGCCAUCAAGAAGCUGUGCUGCGUGCAGUCCCCGGUGCCCUCGCAGGUCAUCAACGUGCAGUCCCUGAUGGGCCAGUCCAGCAAGAUGAGGAGCAUCAUCCAGAAGGUCCUGCUGCAGAUUAACUGCAAGCUGGGCGGCGAGCUCUGGGGGGUCGACGUCCCCCUGAAGCAGCUGAUGGUCAUCGGGAUGGACGUCAGCCACGGCAGGGGGAUGCGCUCCGUCAUCGGCUUCGUCGCCAGCAUCAACCAGGUCCUGACCAAGUGGUACUCGAGGGUGGUCUUCCAGAUGCCCCAGCAGGAGAUCGCCGACAGCCUGCGGCUCUGCCUGGCCGAUGCCCUGCAGCACUUCCACGAGAUGAACCACUGCCUGCCCAAAAAGAUCGUGGUGUACCGGGACGGCGUGUCCGACGGGCAGCUGGACACGGUGGUCAAGUACGAGAUCCCGCAGCUGCAGAAAUGCUUCGACACCUUCGAGAACUACCGGCCCAGCAUGGUGGUGGUGGUGGUGCAGAAGCAGAUCAGCACCAACUUCUACACCGACACCUCGGAGAGGCUGGCGUCCCCCCCGGCGGGGACGGUCGUCGACCACACCAUCACCAGCACGGACUGGCAGGAUUUCUACCUGCUGGCUCACCGCGCCCGCCAGGGCUGCAGCAUCCCCACGCGCUACGUCUGCGUGCUGAACACGGCCAACCUCAGCGCCGAGCACCUGCAGAGGCUGACCUUCAAGCUGUGUCACCUCUACUGGAACUGGCCGGGCACCAUCCGCGUGCCGGCGCCCUGCAAGUACGCGCACAGGCUGGCCUUCCUGGCGGGGCAGGUGCUGCACCACGAGCCGGCCCCCCAGCUCUGCGACAGGCUCUUCUUCCUCUGAGUCCUUCCCCCCGCACCCGGGGGGGGGGGGGGGGGGGCUUCGGGGCCUUUGGGGUUCGGUUUUCGGGGCGGUUUGGGUGUUUUUUUGUUUUGUUUUUUUUUUUUUAACGCGCUUCUGGUUUCGUCCGUUCCUUUUUCUGACGUUACCGCCGCUCGCAGCCGCCUUGGGGAAGCCUCUCGGUUUGGGGAGAAAAGGGGCGUUUUUGGCCACGGAGAGGCCCGGGGUUGUUUUGCUGGGAUGC